UGAGCGCGUGAAGGAGCAAACGUCAGCGCGUUGAAGUCUUCCACAGAUCUUCGGUGUUUCUCUGCUGCCCGCACAUUUCCACUGGUUCGCCAUGUUCGACCUGAAGAAGAGGAACAGUCUGACUCUGCGGAGCUCCCGGGACUCGGAGGAGUUCAGACGGGUGGCUCUGCGCCGGAAGACCAAAGGAGCUGCAGACCUCGACGCCUCUAAAACAGUAGCGAGCAGUGGAGUGUGUGGCUCAUACAGCUCUGAUGGUCACUGUGAACCAGAACCAAACCCUAGAACUGACACAAAGGAAGACAAGGACAGGAGCCCUGUGAAGAGAUCAGCUGUCAAACCACAAGUGCCUCCUAAACCAGCUCACCUGCAAAGUCCUCUGAGACCAGGACAAACCCAAGGCCAGAGUCCUCCAACAGGAAAAUCCCUGCCUCACUGUGUCAACGGCUCAGAGCAGAGCCCCAAAAACGUUUGUGGGAUUUCUGCUUCCUGUGCCAGCCCAUCAAGGAUUUGUCUAGCCCCCCCUAGUCCUGGAAGAGGAAAUGGUUUUUUAAAAGGAGUAUCUGGGGCACAGAUCAGCCCUGCUAGACACACUCAGGGGAUUCCAAAUCUUAGAUGCAGUCCACUUUUAGGAUCUCCAAGUCCAGGCAAAAGAAGCAUUCAAAACUGCAGCCCACUGAGAGAGGGAGGGCACAGCCCCGCAAAGCUGUCUCCGAGGAACCAGAGCCCUCUAUUAAGAAGACUGCAGACCCCCAGCCCCGUGCAGGGAAAGAUGGGCAGCCGCAGCCCUGCCAGGAGCUCUAAAUCCGUGCUUGGACUACACAAAAUUCCAGACAAGAUCGAAGGAGAGGAGAAGAAAACGGAGAAGUCUUUGAGUGUACCGGAUUUGAUCCAUCACUUGGAGGAAAGAAGGACCCCCAGCGAAAAGGUUGAACGCUCUCCACUGAAACUGCUGCAGUCACCCAACCACAACAGGCUAGACACCCCCCUAAAAUCCCCGGUUAUCCACAGACUCGGUCAUGAAGACCGUCUGUCAGGCAAGGACAAGGACUGCCCUCUACCACAGAUGAACAGCUUCAUGCAGGCUGGAGAUUUCACAGCAGUUAAGGGGGCGAAUGAAAAAAUGGAGGAAAGGAAGAUAUCAUACGGCUGUAAGUUUACCUGUUUGUGGAAUGGAGCAGCUACGGAAAAUCGCAAGCUGAACACGGAAUCUAAUGGGGAACAAAAGGAUGAGAAGAGGAAGGAGAAGGAGAGAGCUGAGCUGAGAGACGGAGAGAAUACCGAGCAGAAACUCUACAAGAUAGCCAAUGAACUACUGCAGACAGAGAGAGCUUAUGUGGCUCGUCUUCACCUGCUGGACCAGGUGUUCUGCUCACGCCUGACAGAAGAAGCAGCCCGAGGCUCAUUUCCUCCUGAGGUGAUCAGAAGUAUUUUCUCCAACAUUUCCUCCAUCUACUCCUUUCACAGCCAGUUCCUGCUUCCUGACCUGGAGAGCUGCAUCAGCCACUGGUGUGAGAGCCCCGGCCUGGGUAGUGUUCUGCAACAGCAUGCGCCAUUCCUAAGGAUGUAUGCUGACUAUGUCAGGAACUUUGACCAGGCCAUGGAGCUAGUAAGGACCUGGACGGAACGUUCCUCUGCAUUCCGAAACAUAAUCCAGGACAUACAGAGUCAGGAGGUGUGUGGUAACCUGACCCUGCAGCACCACAUGUUGGAACCAGUCCAGAGAGUUCCACGUUAUGAGAUGUUGCUGAGGGAUUACUUGAAGAAAUUACCCGUGGACAACCCAGAUUAUGAGCUUGCUCAAAAAUCCUUGCAGACCAUUUCCAUGGCAGCCACCCACUCAAACAGUGCCAUCCAGAAAGCCGAGAGCCUGAAGCGGCUGCUGGAGAUCUAUGAGAUGGUUGGAGAAGAGGAAGUAGUGAACCCAACCAACGAGUUUCUUAAAGAAGGCCGUCUGCUCAAGCUGGCUGCCAGGAACACAUCAGCAAUGGAGAGGCACCUGUUCCUGUUCAACAACUUCAUGCUGUGCUGCACUCCAAAGUUCAGCCUGGUUGGUCAGCGUUUCACCGUUCGCUGCAGAAUUGGAGUCGACGGCAUGCAGGUGCAAGAAACCACCAAUGAGGAUCACCCGCACAGUUUCCAAGUUUCUGGAAAGGAGAGGACGCUUGAGCUGCAGGCCAGCUCUGAUGAAGAGAGAGACGAGUGGAUAAAGGUCAUUCAGGAAGCCAUUGAUGUGUUUCAGAGGAAAAACAAAACCUUCAGGCUGGCCUCUAAGGAGUUAAUGAUCCAAGAACCAACAGAAGAACUUGGCCGCCGCGCCCCUCGUUGGAUCAGAGACAAUGAGGUGACUGUGUGUAUGAAAUGUCAGGAGCCUUUCAAUGCACUGACCCGGAGAAGACACCACUGCAGAGCCUGUGGCUGCGUUGUGUGCUGGAAAUGUUCAGACAAUAAAGUGGCUUUAGAAUAUGAUGGAAACAAGCUGAACAAAGUGUGUAACACGUGCUACUCCAUCCUGAGCUGUCGGAGAGGGGAGAGGGUGGAGGGGAAGAAAAGGAGAAUACUGGAGAUGGAGGCUUCUCUAACAUCCAACAACAACCACAUGAGUGGCUUCCUGCUGUAUGGUGACAACCCAAAGACCUGGCAACAGGUGUGGUGUGUUAUCAGCAGAACUGAAGCUCCUGUCCUUUACCUGUUCACAGCUCCACAGGAUGUGAAGCCCCUGUCCUGUAUACCUCUACUGGGCUGCAGUGUGAAGGAUUCUUCUCAGGAGCUCCAGGGUCAGCCGUGUUUCCAUUUGAGCCAAUCAAAAAGCAGCCACACGUUCUCCUGUGCCAGCCUGGACCUCAAACGGAGCUGGCUGACUGCUCUAAGGGUGUCUGUGGAUGGAGGCCAGCAUGCACACUCAGUGAGGGUGGCAUCCUCACCACUGACUCCAGAUGUGGCGUUAAUGGUUAUGUGAAUGAUGGAGGCGUCUCUGGUCAAGUUAGUGUUGUACAGAAACAUCAGGCAGCAGGUGGAAGAAGUUCAUCUGAGCUUGUUUUCUUUAAUGUGUGAGACAAGCUCCAGAAUCUUCCUGUAUUAUUACCCAGUCUUCAGAACGAUGCGUGUAUUUUCCUUACAAGUGGCUGUGAACUUUAUUUUUUGAAAUGGUUUACAGUAAAUAAAUAAAGUGAAGGUGUUUUAA